GACUGUUUGCUUAAUUCACUUAUUCCUCGGAGUGCAAGGUAUCAUUUAUCUAAGCAUGUACGCAUAUCAUGUAAAACAAGGUAUUGUAAUAGAUAUAGAUAUGUUUACUUUCCUCAACUAAACGUUCAUGAUCGAGUUUUUCUGCUAAAGGAAUAAAAGUAAAUGAUAUUUUUAUAGGAGUAUCGUAAAUAAGAUUUUAAUUUCCCCCUUAUGAACAGCGUACAUACGUUGCUUUUAUAUAGCGCUGUUUUUUUAUACAUAACGUCAGUCAAUUUGAUCUGCUUUUUUGGCUUUCACAUAUUUCUGAACGGUUUGAUCGUGGAAGAAAUAAUUUUUUUCAUUGGUUUCCUCUUUUCUACAACCAGGGUAGAUGUCGUCAUAUCUAAAAAAAAUUAUAAAUAGAUUCGAGUUUUAUAUGAUAAACGUAUCAGCACAAAAAUUUCACAUUUACAUCAAAAAUUCAUUUAUUGAUUCAACGGUGUUCCACAGCAUCAACUAAUUCGCAAUUAAAAUUUUGGAGAAAUUUAGUUGAAACGAAAUUUUAGAAGAAUUUAUUUAAGAGGAUUAAUUUCACCAUUCAGCAGUGUGAGACUAAUAUUUCUAUGUUCCCGCCUUCAACUACCUGCCCAAAGCCAACAACAUCAACAAGAAGAACAACGCCAGCCACAGAACGCAGCCCAUCAAACAGCAGCUCAAGUAGUAACAGGAGCAGCAUAGCUAGCAGCAACAGCAGCGGCUACUGCAGCGCUGGAGUAUUACUGCAACAUCCGUUCCACCAAUUUCAUCAUCAGCCUCCUCCAUUGGCAGCAACGACCUCUUCAGUCCAUCCGUCAGCAGUUCGUCGCACAUCAAAUCAGAGUAAUGCAUCGGGUACGUCAACGUCGCCAUCAGCCCAACGUCUUGCAUUGCAAAGUUUGAAAAGUCCAGACGUCAGUGUGAAUGGCGGGUGUGUGAAUGAAGAAACUGACGAGAAUGCAGCUCAAGAACAUGGGACCGCUGAUCUGUACCAGCAAGGAAGGAAGGAAGCAGAACUGUUGUACAAAUGGUUGGAAAGUAUCAACCAGACCGACUGUUUCCACCUGUUUCUGCAGUCCGGUUACGACAUGCACACAGUAUCCAGGAUGACACCCGAGGAUUUAACAGCAAUUGGAAUAACAUUUCCAUCUGUCAGAAAGAGAUUGGCAAUAGAAAUAAGCAGACUGCAGAUCCCUGAUGGUAUACCAAAUUUCUGGCCGUCCAGCGUACAAGAAUGGUUACAAUAUAUUCAUCUCCAGUGCUAUUAUGACACUUUAAUGAAAGAAAACUAUACAAACCUUGAAAAAGUUAUGGAAAUCACUUGGGAAGAUUUGGAAGAUAUUGGCAUAAAACAACUCGGCCACCAAAAAAAGAUAAUUUUGGCUAUAGACAAACUCAAAAAAAUUCACGCGAGUAAAAUAAUUUCAUCGUCAUAUUCUUCAACAACGACCCCAUUUCCCAACAAUCUUUUUCAAUUAGAAAAUUCCAUGCAAUCUUUCAGAAAAAAUAGUCCAUUAGCGUGUCAUGAGUUGAUUGUAGAGCAAAUUGAUGCAAAAAAUAGAAAUAAAGAAAAAAAGUUGCCAAUAACACUAAGGUCUCCAGAAAUAGUCCACUUAAAAUCAAUAGAAAUUCCUGCUCCUGAAAUUGUCGCUAUACAGGUUUGUCUUUUACCAAAUCACAUAAAUAAUUUUGUUAUUUAA